AUGAUGCGAAUGAUGAUUACAAUGUUCUUUUGUAUUCCUGCGCGAGCCAUGGCCGAAGAACACACCAUCUCGAACAAGGAACUAUUCCCGAGGCAGUUGCAAACCUUAUCCGAAAAACUUACUGUACACGAAGAAGGCGAUAAUGAAGACAAUGGACAUAAAGCGAAUACGGAGAUAGGAAGAAAUACCCUGUAUGACUUUCUCUACAAGCGACUUUACGAAAAUGCUAGUGGGAAACCGAAGAAGAAAACGCUCGCUCCAAAUGUCUAUAUGAUCCCAGGACCUCAAGAGCCUCUUCCGGGCAGAUCACACUUGGGCGAUUACUGGCCAGUAUUUCCUUUCCACAAUCAGUUUUCUGGUGGCCUCGACUUGGAUCCGUCGGUGUCGAGGCAUAUUGGAGGGGAUAUGAAUAUUGCUGUGCCGUCCUGGGGCAUGCUUGACAUUUAUGGACGGUUUUUUAACAGAAUUCACGACACUACGACUAAGUUCGGAUACCUGAACCAGCCAGUAAACAUGUUAGAUCUGGACAAAGAAGAUUUCAUUCGACUUAUGAGCGAUCCAUCGCUCCAGUAUAACAGGAAUGCACAACCUCGGCUCCCUCUCGGAAAACUGGCAAAGACCUACGUACCUGUUACCUGCAAACCUCCCAUGUGUAACCCGUACCACAUGAACUUUGGCUUUGGCAUGGAGCACGACUAUGGAGGCAAUGAUGGUGUUGAGGGCGAUAUUGACGUACCCAUUCCGAUCUCUAAGGGAGUGGCGUAUCGAUUUCCAUUUUCCGGAAAGAUAUACGCAUUCAGAGACAACGUUACUGUUACUUACGGUCACAACAUUGCACCAAUCGAUCCGUUUAUGAGUAUGUUUGAAUACCAAAAGCAUCGUGAUCCAGGAUUGGCAAUACCACGAACUAGAAGAAGUGUGCCCUCCGAGAAGGUUUGGCUCCACGAAGCGGCUGCAGCAACAUACAAGAAGCACUUGGAAACUAAUACAAAGAUUGACAUCGAAAGAAGUGCUAUAAAGGAGAAUUUAAGCAAAAUCCUCCUAUCACUUGGCUCCUUAGCAUAUACCCCCUUCAAUAGAGCAGACGAGGAGAACAGUGUUUUUUUCAAUGACCUCGAUCAAACGUAUCUACCACCUGUCAAUUCAUAUCUGUAUGGCUCACACAUCAGGCCAUGGCCUCGAAAAGAUUUCCUUCGGAGACAGUCUAUGCCUAUUUGGGGAGAUAACUUCAACAACCUUUUGAAUAGUCCUCUUCUUUUUUUGUAG